AUGGCGUCUUCAUCAUCCCCCACCGCCGACCAGGAACCGCUACUCCGCCGCGCCCAUUCCCCGAGCAGCAGCAUAUCCAGCUACGACAGCACAUCCAAAUCUCCAAUCGAUGAAGAGGAGGUGCCACUUGGCCAGAGUAACCUUCUCGACCGGUCGGUGGAAAAUGAUAUCCUUCCGGAAACGGCCGUGCUGGGCCGCAACCUAGGAUGGAGCAGCGCUUAUAUCCUGAUCAUGUCGCGUGUCAUAGGCAGCGGAAUUUUCGCGACUCCCGGUUCAAUUGUGCAAUCAGUGGGGAGUAUCGGAAUCACGCUGUUGCUCUGGGUAGCUGGCGCUCUGAUAGCUUGGUUGGGCUUGGCGAUCAGUUUAGAGUAUGGGUGCAUGUUGCCAAGGUCUGGAGGGGAGAAAGUUUAUCUCGAAUUCGUCUACCGACGUCCGCGGUUCUUAGCUUCAAUUCUUAUCGCAGUCCGCUCCGUGCUUCUUGGAUUCACAGCCUCCAACUGCAUUGUUUUCGGCGAGUACGUCUUAUAUGCUCUCAAACGAGAACCGUCGCAGUUCGAAGGGAAACUUCUUGGUCUUGGAUUGCUCACCACUGUCGUUAUCAUGCACAGCUGCUUUUUGAAGACAGGAAUACUUAUACAAAAUGUGCUCGGCUGGGUCAAAAUCGCUUUGGCCAUCUUUAUGGUCUUUACAAGCAUCUUCGUGGUUCUUUUCCGGAGCAACGAGGGUAUAGAAGGCGCUUCCCAAAUCAAAACUAACAGCAGCUAUAUCUGGGAGGGUUCUGUGUGGAACUGGGGAAUCAUCUCCACUGCAAUGUUCAAGGUUUCCUACUCGUAUGCCGGCCUUUCCAACGUCAACAGUGUUCUCAACGAGGUGAAGAACCCGGUUAAAACGCUGAAGUCAGCAGCUACAACUGCACUCAUAACGUCUUGUGCUCUAUAUCUCCUAGUCAACGUUGCCUACUUUCUAGUUGUGCCAAUCGAGGAUAUCAAAGAUUCCGGGGAGUUGAUCGCUGCGUUAUUCUUUGAACGCGUAUUCGGCACCGAUGUUGGAAGGGUACUGCUGCCACUGGCAAUAGCGACCUCGGCGGCGGGAAAUGUCAUGGUUGUAACAUUCAGUCACGCUCGAGUUGUGCAAGAGAUAGCACGGCAAGGAUUUCUUCCGUUCUCGCAAUUCAUCUCUUCCUCCAAACCAUUCGGAGCGCCAAUGGGCGCUUUGAUUACGCAUUACAUCCCGUCUUUUCUGGUCAUCAUCAUUCCUGCCGGCAACAUCUAUUCCUUUAUCAUGGACGUUGAGGGUUAUCCAGGGCAGUUCUUCUCCAUAGCCAGCUCCGCUGGCUUAAUCUGGCUCCGAUUCAAAAGACCAGAUUUGAGAAGGCCAUAUAGGGCGUUUCUUCCGGCCGUCGGGUUUCAGAUCGCGCACUCGAUUUCCGUGAUAUUUGCACCAUUCAUACCACGAGAAGGCUUGAAUUGGAGGCAACAUCUCUCCGCAGUCAGCUACGCCUUUGUCGGGACUGCUAUUCUUUUGUUUGGCGUUUUAUAUUGGUAUGUUUGGACAGUAUGGUUACCACGCCGGAAUGGCUGCACUCUUGAAGAGACAGUAGCAACUUUAGAUGAUGGCACGACGGUCACGCAGCUUGUGCAUAUUCCUAUAGGAUCAAAGCCGGUACCAACGACAUACGAUGAAUGA